CGGCUGGUGGGCAGCAGGAGGCGCCUGAUCGCCGCCGGGGCGCUGGGGGUGGUGAUGGUGCUGCUGCUGGUUAUCCUCAUCCCGGUGCUGGUGAGCUCGGCCGGCACGUCGGCGCACUACGAGAUGCUGGGCACCUGCCGCAUGGUCUGCGACCCCUACGGGGGCACCAAGGCGCCCAGCACGGCCGCCACGCCCGACCGCGGCCUCAUGCAGUCCCUGCCCACCUUCAUCCAGGGCCCCAAAGGCGAGGCCGGCAGGCCGGGGAAGGCGGGCCCGCGCGGGCCCCCCGGUGAGCCCGGGCCGCCGGGUCCCGUGGGCCCUCCGGGCGAGAAGGGCGAGCCCGGCCGCCAAGGCCUGCCGGGCCCGCCCGGGGCGCCCGGCCUGAACGCGGCCGGGGCCAUCAGCGCCGCCACCUACAGCACGGUGCCCAAGAUCGCCUUCUACGCCGGCCUCAAGCGGCAGCACGAAGGCUACGAGGUGCUCAAGUUCGACGACGUGGUCACCAACCUCGGUAACCACUACGAUCCCACCACGGGCAAGUUCACCUGCUCUAUCCCGGGCAUCUACUUCUUCACCUACCACGUCCUGAUGCGCGGAGGGGACGGCACCAGCAUGUGGGCUGAUCUCUGCAAGAACAACCAGGUGCGUGCCAGUGCCAUUGCCCAAGACGCCGAUCAGAAUUAUGAUUAUGCCAGUAACAGUGUGGUUCUUCAUUUGGAGCCAGGAGAUGAAGUCUACAUCAAACUAGAUGGCGGAAAAGCACACGGAGGAAAUAACAACAAAUACAGCACAUUUUCUGGAUUUAUUAUUUAUGCGGACUGAUAACGCAGAAACUAAGCUUAUUAUUCUGAGUUUGGACACUGGAUUCGUACGGCUGACGUCACUGAAUCAAGGAUCCCAGGGGAUGCCAGUUGCGGGGCACCUCAGUUGUGUAUAUGUGGGGAAUUCAAAUGCUACCUGACUCACAUCUGUAUACUCAGAAACAUUCUGUAAAAAAAAAAAAAAAAAAAAAAAAAUUAAAAGCAAGAUAAGCAGAUGUGUUAUCCAUUACCGCCAAAGCAAAUUCUCCUCCUCAUUGUUAGUGCCCAUGUGAAUGAAGUCCUAUAUAGAUCACAAAUUUUUAUAGAAAAAUCUAAGACACUGAAUUAUUUCUCCAAUAUCUAUGAUACUUUGGUGUUCUGUGACCCUGCUGCUUUGAUCCAUAUAUCAGCUUUGGUUCUUGUGAGUUUACCUGCUUCUGAUGAUACUUGGAGUCCAUUCGUAGUGUGGGGAGAAUGAUCUUACCCUGCAGGAGAAGGUCUAAUUGAAAUAAUGCUGCUUGUCCCCAAAGAAAUUGUUUGCCUUGUACUUUUGUUAACUUUAGAGCUAGUCCUGGGAAUGAUUCAACUUCAAGCCUUAACCUGGAAUUUUCUGGAUUUGAGGGAAUUCCCAAGCCUCUGAUCAUUUUCACAUUUCCUUUUUCUUGUGAAUUUUCUUU